GAUGAAGUUCACAAAAGCCAUUUCUAGUCCCUCUUCUUGCAUCCACCAUGGCUCCAAACAUUUGUGAUGUUCUCUCUGAAACUAAACGUAUAAUAAAUUCUCAAAAUUGGCACUAUUUUAAUCUCUACCUAAUCUUUCUCGUACCCCUCUCUUUCUUCUCCCGCUUCUUCUUCCAACUCCUUCUCAAACACUUUCAACAACAACAAUCCUCACCCAACCUAACCAUAAUAAUCUCCUUGUCUCUUCUCUUAAUCAUUUUCUCUACCAUUUUCACCUACGGCGCCAUCAUAAGCAUCACUUAUAGUGUCUUCCAUGGCUUUUUUAAUCGACCCGUCAAACUCGAAGAAUCCAUCAAAUCUAUAUCUACUUCUUUCUUCCCCCUCCUUGCCACCAACAUCGUCAUAUACACUAUCAUCUUCUUUGUGUCAUUUCUGAUUUUACUUCUCAUUGUACUCGUCUCUUUUCUUGUCAUUUAUCUAGGCCAUGUCGACAUAACAACUUACCCUUACUUGAAUACGUUAUGUUACAUGGUUCUAAUGCUUGUUUUUCUCCCUCUUGUCAUGUAUUUGGCAGUUAACUUGAGCUUGGUGCAUGUUAUUGUAGUGGUGGAAUCGCGUUGGGGUAUUGAACCGUUAAGGAGAAGUUGGAAAUUGGUGAAUGGAAUGAAGAAGUUGGUUUUAUCAAUCAUAUUCUUAUUUGGGUCCUUUCAAAUUAUGGCAUCGGUGAUUGAUUAUAAUAAUUGGGUACUAACUUUUUCGUCUUCUCUUUUACUUGCUUGGUAUUCAAUUUACAAUAUUGGGGCUAUUACAGUGUUGUACAUAUAUAGCAAGGAGAAGCAUGGUGAAGUUGCAAAUGAGGAAUUUGGAAAAGAAAACGAUGAGGCUAACUUGUCCUUAAUUUCAUAAUAAUAUUGGUCAACUGCUGCGACUCGCUAUUAAUAAGUAGUGUAUAGAUCUCCUACAACAAUUAUAUGGUUCGUAAUAAUUUGAACUAGAAAAAUUUCGAAAAUCGCAUUCCGAAGUUUUUAUAGAAGGACAAAAAUGAAAAAUUAGGGGGUAGAAAAGAAACACAGGGAGUGGCAAGAGAAAAAUUUCACUUUGUUGAGUUGGUCGACCUAGGCCCAUAUAUAAACCCAGCCACAACCAUUAGAAAGUUUCAAGCUUUCAAAAUUAGAGAAAUGAUAUUUGUACAACAAUUUUUGAACAACUUUCUUUUCCCUUGUUUUUAUUGGACAACAAGUCAAUAACUAUAGUGAGAGAAAAAGGAAGAGAGGGAAUAAGAAUGUAUUGCAUUAAAUUUUUAUUCUUAAUUACUUAUUGUUUUCUAA